AUGACAACAGAGAAGAGUUUAGCGGCUGAAGCCGAGAAUUCUCAGCACCAGCAACAGAAGGAAGAAGGCGAGGGAGCCACAAACUCAGGCCAACAAGAAAGUCAGCUGGAGGAGGCUUCCCAAGCGGCAGCAGCUGAGGGCAGUAAUCAGGGUGAGCAGAAGCUGAAAGCGUCCAAUGGGGACACUCCAACACAUGAAGACUUGACCAAGAACAAGGAGCGGACAUCAGAAAGCAGAGGCCUGUCGCGACUGCUCUCCUCAUUCCUCAAAAGGCCCAAGUCUCAGGUCUCUGAAGAAGAAGGCCGAGAAGUAGAGUCGGAGAGAGAGAAAGGCGAAGGAGAGCAAAAGGAGACAGAACUGGGAACCAGCCUUGAUGAAGACGUCAUUUUAAAAGCCCCCAUUGCAGCUCCUGAACCCGAGCUCAAAACAGACCCAUCUUUGGAUCUCCAUUCAUUAAGCAGUAUAGAAACACAGCCAGCUCAGGAGGAACACAGAGAGGAUCCAGAUUCGGAAACGAAGGAAGGAGAAGGGAUUGAGGAGUGCUCUGGAACGGAGGCAAAAGAGGACCCAGAAUCAAGAGCGGAGAGAGAGCCCGAGGCCUCCCAGAAGCCCAUCAGGAGACACAGGAACAUGCAUUGCAAGGUCUCCCUGUUGGACGACACAGUCUACGAAUGCGUUGUGGAGAAACAUGCUAAGGGACAAGACCUGCUUAAGCGAGUAUGUGAACACCUCAACCUGUUGGAAGAAGACUACUUUGGUUUAGCCGUGUGGGACAGCACAACCUCCAAGACAUGGCUGGAUUCUGCCAAAGAAAUAAAAAAGCAGGUUCGAGGUGUUCCUUGGAAUUUUACAUUUAAUGUGAAGUUUUAUCCACCUGACCCAGCACAGUUAACAGAAGACAUAACAAGGUACUACUUAUGUCUUCAGCUGCGGCAGGACAUCGUUGCUGGACGUCUGCCCUGUUCCUUUGCAACGUUAGCCCUCCUCGGGUCUUACACCGUGCAGUCGGAGCUGGGGGACUACGACCCAGAGCUCCACGGCGUGGAUUAUGUUAGCGACUUUAAACUGGCUCCAAAUCAGACCCGGGAGCUUGAAGAGAAGGUCAUGGAGUUGCAUAAAUCAUACAGGUCCAUGACUCCAGCUCAGGCUGACUUGGAAUUUCUUGAGAAUGCCAAAAAGUUGUCCAUGUAUGGAGUUGAUCUUCAUAAAGCAAAGGACUUGGAGGGAGUGGAUAUCAUCCUAGGAGUCUGCUCUAGUGGCCUUUUGGUUUACAAAGAUAAGUUGAGAAUUAACCGUUUCCCCUGGCCCAAAGUGCUAAAGAUUUCUUACAAACGUAGCAGCUUUUUCAUCAAGAUCCGGCCUGGAGAGCAAGAGCAUUAUGAAAGCACCAUUGGCUUCAAGCUUCCCAGCUAUCGAGCAGCUAAGAAACUGUGGAAAGUCUGUGUGGAGCACCACACGUUUUUCAGACUGACCUCUACAGACACCAUUCCCAAAAGCAAGUUCCUUGCCCUGGGAUCCAAAUUUCGAUACAGUGGCCGGACUCAAGCGCAGACCAGGCAAGCCAGUGCCCUGAUUGAUAGGCCUGCUCCACACUUUGAGCGGACAGCAAGCAAACGGGCAUCCAGGAGCCUCGAUGGAGCAGCAGCUGCCGAGUCCACAGACCGAAGCCCUCGGCCCACCUCUGCCCCAGCCAUUGCUCAGAGUCAGGUCACGGAAGGGCCAGGGGCACCUGCCAAGAAAGCACCAAAGGAAGCCGUGAAGGUUGAAGAGAAGCGGGGAGAAGAGCCAGCUGAGCCCGAGCCCGAGCCCACAGAAGCUUGGAAGGUGGAAAAACCCCACACCGAGGUCACAGUACCUACCUCAAAUGGUGACCAAGCUCAGAAGCUUGCAGAAAAAGGUGAAGAUCUGAUAAGAAUGAGGAAGAAAAAGAGAGAGAGACUAGAUGGUGAAAACAUUUAUAUCAGACAUAGCAAUUUAAUGUUGGAGGAUUUAGACAAGAGUCAAGAAGAGAUCAAGAAACAUCACGCCAGCAUCAGUGAACUGAAAAAGAACUUUAUGGAGUCAGUACCCGAACCACGGCCCAGCGAGUGGGACAAGCGCUUGUCCACACACUCACCCUUCCGGACUCUUAACAUCAACGGGCAAGUCCCUACCGGAGAUGGAGUGAAGAAAACUUCUAUCCUCCCCUCGGAGAGAAAGUCCCCUAGCUACUUUUCCCCUGAUACAUAUCACUUAGGGGUGUGCAAAGAACCCGUGUUCAGCUUCCAGACUGACCAGAGAAGGCUGGCUCAACUGAAGGAACUCAGAGCCAAGUUUUUCCUCUCAUAGAUGCCAUCCGCCUUGACCGCGGAGAGCAGAAUACAGAGAUGCAGGGGAGAAAGUCCAAGUUAGCCAACUGGGGAGCAGGGGGAGACUUCCUUAAAAGUUAUCAAAAGUAUUUGCUAAGUAUAUAAACCUUCCUGAGGACCAUAACCCUUUCAGUCAGGAUUCCCAGGCUGUGCGAUCACUGAGGUCUUUGGGGGAUGUAUUUGCCUCUCUUCUUCUUCUCUGUUGCUGCCCCCACUCCAGGGUAGACCCUGGAGACACAUUAUAAAAUUUAUAAUUUUGUUCUUAUCUUGCAGUCUUUACUGCUUCUGUUCCACUGAGCAAAAUCUAAUUCUCAUACUGAACUAUUGCAGUUAGAGUUGUUUUUGAAGAGAUAUGAAAAUAUGCUCUUUAUAUUCUGCCAUUCUGUUUGUUAGUAAAAGUAAUAACUUCAUUCACGACAAGCAGAACGGUUCUUUAUUGACAUUGUCUGAUCCAUAGACGAUUGGCAGCAUCAAAGCAAUUAAACGACCUGAAUGUGUAGGGAAAACACUCAGGCACGAAUACCCUCACCAAGACAGUAAGCGACAGAGUGAAGGGAAGCCCGGGACCGCUUGAACUUCCAAGUGUUCCAACACUGGUUUAAUCCAAACAGUAAAUUUUAAUUUAAUCACAUAGUUGAACCUGCAGGGUAAAUUGGCCAAAGUAGAGAGAGGAGCUAAACACCAAGAGCACCCAGACGACUUCCCACACCUUUGCACAUCCCCAAGUAUCACUCAAGCAUUUUCCAUCUGUCAUUUUGUUCAUCUCUCUGUCUUUCUUGAUCUUCUACUGUGAAAGCAGACACAGGAACGUGCUCUGUUAGUACAGGGUGAAGAGAGCAGUAAAAGGCCAGAGAGACCAACUGAAAGAACCUUGCCCCAGCGAGAAAAUGAAGAGAUUGCUCCCAAGGUUUCUAUUCCAAUCCCUGAGGAACACAAGGCUCUCAAAAAGUGCCGCCUCUACUCUAGUGCUUUCCCGUCGCCUCGCAUUCCUUUCAUGAUGUCUUUUCUCCUGGUCCUUGCCCUGGCUGUUUGGUGGCUGAUCUUUCUGUGACUGGAAAACAGGGUGCUCAAGACUAAAACCACUCAACUCUGUCUCUGGCUUCAGAUGUGUAAUUACCUACGUCACGCCUCGGACCCUGAGCGUCACUGUCAUAGGGACCUCCGGAGGCCGUUUUUCUUGUCAGUAAUAAAAUGUGAAUCUCUGGAGAGUCUACAUUGUGAGGAAAAAGGAGUAGCAAUGGAUUGGCCCACCAGUACUCCUGCCCCAAAGUCAACUCGUUAGGCAAAUCAAAUGGAGGUGCAUGGCAGGUGGUACCCCAAAGCUACCGUGCAUGCUCUUACUGUUGACCUGUUCUGUCCUCUGCUCAGUGUCUCACACAGACUGGGACACCCUGAACAAAUGUGAUGGACUGUCUCCCAGUCUUCUAUAGCCAUUAUUGUGGCAUGGGCUCUGUAGUUUAAGAAGAAAUUCAACUUCCCAACCUUGAAAAAGCCUUAAAAUCAAAGUUUUAAUCCAAAAAUCCAUAACCACUCCUUUUCUUAGAGUGUCUAAUCAGUACAUGCAAAGGCCUUUUCUUGAAGGGGCUUUGACACCUGUGGCCUUUUCGUUAGUGUUUAUGAACUGAAUGGAACAGGCAGCUUUAUUCUGCCUGGUGUGUAGAAGAAUCAUGCAGAGGUUAAAUGCUGUCUUUUAAAUGCACAGAGAGUUGAUGUAGUUUAGGAAAAUGGUGCUGGUGUCCCUUGGCCUCUAGCCAGGGUGGAAAAUUUCAGACUACCUACCUUUAAAAGUCCUAGAGUACAGAUUAACUCGAGAUCUGUUAUGUAAACACACUUUUCUCUAAAUUGAAAUAUUGUUAUUUCCUUGUGGCAUAAGUAAUUAUUGCUAGAAGCAAUAUUUAACUGUUAUAAUAAGCUUAAAUGAUACUUUGUUUCCUUGUACUUCAAACCUAUUCUCCCACUUGUGUUAAAAUCUAUUGUUUCUAAUCAGCUGCCUUGAAUCUAAGCUUUCACUGUGACUUGUGUCCAGUUUGCAUGUUGAUUACGAGGCUUUCCUGAUGUAGAGGUGAGCACGCCUUCCUCAGAGCUCCAUUCGGAUGCUAAACUGGUGGUUUCUCACCUUACUAUAUUAACCUUGCAUGUUGUCGCUUGCUUCCCGCGGCACCUGAAAGCAUCCAUCUGGAUGAGUUGUUAACGUCUCAAACACUAGUCUAGACUCUGAGUUCGUAGAGUCAUCGCGUUGAGACUCUAUCUUUUAUUUUAUUUCUUAGUGCUUUUUGCUCAAUGAAAUUUCUAAAGAUGGUUUUUGCCUUUGAAGAGGGGGAGGGAGAGAGAGAGUUAAAAAAAAAAAAAAAGGUAAAACCAAGAAUUUUGUUGUUGUUCUUCAGAGCUCGGUAGUAUUGAUCUGUUGUCUUGACAGAUAGGAUUGUCUGAUAUUUACUGAAAACUGCUACGGUGUACUCCACCAUCAUUGGACUUAGGGAAAAAACUGGAAAAAAAAAAAAAAAAAGCAAGGACCAGGCUAGAUUUAGAAAAAGAAAUGUGAUAUGUAUGGUUUGUGUAACAAGUUAUGUCUAUUUAUAACAAACAUUUUUUAAGUAGACAUAUUUACUGCUCCACUCGUAAGGAAACGGAUGGCAAAGCCCUCUGAGGUACUGAAGAGCUGCUUUGCAAGGUAGACCGUGGCAGGCGUGAGGACGCCUCUUUAUCUGUGAAACAGAUGUAAGAUUUCCUUAAUGGAGUAACAACUGCAACUAGCAUUGAUUAUGUUCUUGUAAGUUUUUUUUUAGGAAUUAAAAAUUAAUCUCAAAAUUUUAUCAGUACUUUUGUAACUUUCAGAUUAUAUUUCCUACAGUUCCAGUUUUCAUCGUUGUACACAACUUUUUAUUAAUUACUGUAAACGUCACCCUGAAUUUUAUUUCCUUUUAUAUUGGAAUUAUUUCAAAUCCAUUAAAAGUUUAGCGUGAGCCAAUGGUAACUGUUGAGCGUUCUGAAGUGAUCUUUGCUAACAAAGAAGUCACUUCCUAUCAGUAAAGCUGCCCACAGGUGGAUGCCAAGUCCUUGUAUUGAACAAAGCUGAUGAACAUGGGCUCAAAAGAUAAAUGUCAUAGUUAUCGGAGGACAAACAAAGCUGUUCCGCCCUGUGUGAGCUCCCGUUAAUGGCGCCAACACAAGAGGCCACAGACAGCAUCUCUUCUCUCCCCUACUUCACCCCAUUCUCAGCACCACGGGCGUUCCACUUUACCCUGGACCAGCUUCUCGAUGGCAGGUCCAGAAGUAGUUUGGUCUAAGGAUAUUGACACGGACCUGUGUCAAGUGUUGGAGUUUUUGCCUUGUUUUCCCGCCAAUCAUUUCCAGAUUGAAUUGUGGAGGUCUUAACUAUCUGGUGCCCGUAUUUCCACCUAGUUCCUUACGGACAAACCUACCUCAUGAGAACGACUCUGCACCCUGUUUCAGGAAGCGAUGGUGUUCAGCCUCGGCCCCUGAGGAGCUAGGAAGAUAGACUCUUUUUAAAAAGCAGACGCGUGAACCUCUUGAGAUUCUUCUUGAAGUGAGCAAACAGCCCUGUUUAGAUCUGUCUGCUCCUGGCUGAUAUUUGACAAAGCACUUAAAACUAGUAAAGUUAAAAAUGCUUUUCCAAACGUAUUCAGCUCCUAAUGAAUUCAGACGGUGUUCUUUGAGCAGAGCGUACUUGGGAAGAAGCCCAGCUUCUAUAUUUUAGAAUUUUUUUUUUUAGCUGUUUGCUUAUCGCUAGCAUUCGUAGUAUGAAGUAGAUUCCGUUUGCAGGUUUUACACCUUUGUUUACAUGGUUAGUGAGAACUUUAAGGAGGGGACUGACUGCUGAUCAAGAGUAGACUAGAAUCACCUGAACUGACUGUCCUGCUGUCAUUGGAGAACCCGGGGGCUUCCUUAGCCACUUCCGUGGUGGUUUCUAUGGUAAACCCACGAGGUACUCUUUAUCAUUGAGGCUCAGUUACUUUUAGGGGUUAUCACCAGCAAGAAUGUUUGCCUACACUUCACCCAGUGGUCAUUACCUAAAAAGAGGGAAACAAGAUGAACUUCUGUCUCACUGUUGCUUCCUUGAGGAACUCUGCAGAGCCGCCUUCCUUCCCCUUUAAGCUUCAUACAGAUGAUGAAGUCCUGACCCUCACAACUCUACAUGGGAACCUCCCCUUCUCAUUACACCUAAUACUCACUCCCUGCUCUUUGUGACCUUGACACCAGAACCAGAGACAACUCCUGCUGUCACCUCUCCUGCCUUAGGAUCCCCUUGUACUGGAGCAGAUUGAGACGCCCACUGAUGCUGGGCUGGGAAAAGGCAGCUGGAUGGUUAUGAAGGUCUGUUCUUGUGGUGAGGAAGCCUCUGGAGUUAGGCUAGGACAGGACAGCAGUAGCUAUGACCGUCAGGGUUAAAUUUAGGGGAUUUUAUUUGGUAAAUAAAAUUCCUAUCACCAGUGUUCAUUAUUUUCACAGGUCAGAAAUGCAGGCUAAAAAUGAACUUGUUGGAACAUUUUUUCCUCAUUUUUCGUGACUUGGUGGUUAUAGUAUUCUUCCUUUACCAUGGUUACAAUCCUCUUUGGGGUAAUCAGUAGAUAAGCCUAAGAUUAAAAAGAAGGAAAAACAAAAUCCCAGCUAUCCUUUCUGGUCCCUAAAUUGACAGAAGCAGUUGGCUUCUCGUUUCAUUCCCUGCUCUCUUCAAGAAAAGGGUUAUAGCUCAGUUAUGGAGAGUGUGUUUAGUAUGCAUGAGGCCCUGGUUGAUCCCCAGCAUGAGGAGAACUGGGAGGAGGUGCGGAGUAGGAGCAGGGGAACAUGGUUACUUCCUGCACACUGCAAGGAUGCAGGAAUAGCACCCCUGAUGCUCGAGUCUGACAAGAUCUUAAGUCUUUCACUCUGGUACAAUGUCACUUAGAGAUUUAGGAGCUGGCAUGGCAGCUUGUGCUUCAGUACCUCCCAAGAGAGAUGAUCGUGUUGUCUGGGCAGCCAAGCAUUUGUGUAAUUCACUCUUCUACGAAGCCGGGUGCUUCUCUAUUGCUUCGCCUGUCGGUCUUGAGUGCAGGGAUUGUAUUGAGUUGGGUGUGGUUGUGCAGAACCGGGAAUGCUGACGAGGGGAAUCGGAAUGAAAUCAGAGGAGACUGAGGCAGGAGAGCCAGUUGAAGCCAGACUAGAUUACACUCUGAAGACCGUGUUUCAAAAAGGAAAGAGAACAAAAUCUCUGACCUCUUCAUGAAACUUGUUAAAUUAAAGGCAGCUCUCUCUCUCUCUCGUGGAGUUGAUCUUAGUUCUUAGCCUUUGAGGACUGCUGUCUGUAUCCACGGCGAGGCUUUGUUUGCCGUCCAUCACGUGGUUCCCAGGUACGCCCUUGCCUUGUAUAUAACAAAUAAUCAAUGUGUGAACUCAGUUACUAAUAACGGAUGGGAACGGAUAAGCUCUAGCUUUGACGUGGACUCUCUUGUACUGAGAUACAUUUGAUCACUAUAUGCCUCAUCUGUAAGUGCAAGCAGCCACGAAACCCUUGUGCAGAGCAGCUUUUCUUGUUAAGUGUCUGCAGUCCCUGCUUUACUUAAAGGACCUCAGGUUGGACGCCACUGUGGUAAAUGCUGGUCUCUCUUGUUAACAUCUUGGAAUUUGGUUUGGUUUUCGUUCAUCAUAGCUAUUGAUCAACUAUUUUCACUCCAGAAUAUAUUAUCAAGACUGGCAUACGUGUUCAUAUGUUUAAGUUCGUCUUGGAGUAUGAUGUCAUUGACAGAAUGUCUGUUUAUCUGAAAUACAUCGCUGACAUCAA